AUGGAUGAAGAAGCCACGCUAUUAGCCACGCCAUUGGUCCCCGCCGAUGUGGCUAAGCGGUUCCUCCUCAUGUCGGUGGCGGUUGCCGUGGUCGGGAUAGUAACGGCAGAUCUUGGAAUGAUUAUCCCUACCGCGUUAACCGCUACACUAGCCAUUGCCAGUCGGUACCCUCGGUCCUCAUCAGCCAGUGCCCUCCUUGUUGUGGGCUUCCCUUUCCUUUCCAUUGUGGGUAUAUUGGCUACCGUAUGGUGGACUCGAGCGUUCUGGUGUGUGUUUGUGUGCUUAGCUGUGUACUGCCUUGAGAUGACUCGGUUGGAAGCUCGCUCCUCUCCCCAGCGCCACGGCACCUCCACCUUCUUGCCAACGUAA